CCCUGAUUGUCACUGAUUAGGCUAGUGGAGAGCCUGCGACACAUGGGAUUCAUAACCUUCUCAUUCGUGGUGAUUACUGACAAUGACUGCCAAUGCUCCAGCAUCCACCAUUACCGUGAAUACGACCACCAAAGCUCCCACGCCUGCUUCUGCGCCCCCGCCCUUUCCACCACCCAAGACCGACAAGCCGCGCCCUCAUGUUUGCGCUACUUGUCAACGCUCCUUCGCACGCCUCGAGCAUCUGAAGCGACAUGAGCGUUCCCAUACCAAGGAGAAGCCUUUCGAGUGUCCCGAAUGCACGAGAUGCUUUGCCCGCCGGGAUUUACUGCUGCGUCACCAGCAGAAGCUUCACCAGUCGACAACCCCUUCCUCGCGCCCGAGAAAUCGACGAGAGAGCACUAGCAGUACCGCUACUGCCCAAAGCCGCGCUCGAAAGAACAGCGUCGCCGGGACAAAUGUUGCUGCUACCACCGCUUCUGCUGCCAAUAAUGGCUCGAUGCGCCCGCGGGCAAAUACCAUCAGCCACGUCGACCCGAAUCAUGUACAGAUGAUCGCUGCUGCGAACGCUUCCGUGGCUCGGAGCCAGCACAUGCCUGCCGCCCACCAUAACCGUCAUCAGAGCCUGGCCAGCUUGCCUAUCCAGAACAUGGACCACCCGUUCGCAGGCAUGUCCUCCGUCAUGGGCCAUCGCGGCAUGGGCCAUGGCCUACCCAAGCUUGAGACCCACGGGAUGCAUACUAUGGACUUCAAUGCCGGUUUGCGUACAGCACCGCCAUUGCCGUUUCCAAACGAGUUUGAUUUUGAGCAGCUUCUGUUCGGCCAACCAGGCUCAACCAUAAACCCAAAUGCACUACAUUAUACCGAGUCUCCUCACUCCAUGUCGAUAGAUCCGACCUCGCCGUUUGGAAAUGGUAUGACGGAUAUGUCAGCUAGCCAACAUGUCGAUGAUAGUUUUGACUGGCUCACUGGAUUCGAGCAUACUAUGUCCUUCAAUACCAACCAACAUGAGAAUGCCAUUGGCGGAUCCUCUCCUUCCGCAAUGAGCACGACGAGCCAAAGUGGUAUCAGCGACGUUAUGCUCGAUGGUUCUAACAACACGACUAUGCCGGCUGCUACGAGUUCCAUAUGGCAGCCUGCGCUCAUGGGACCUCCUCAAGCUGGAAAUCCAUUUUCUCUGGACGGUCUCAGCGGGGUUUUCCCAGACUUGUUAAACGGUGCUCCCGUAUCCCCCCAACCUUCGAACCAAAAGACGAUGAAUGAUGUUUAUUUCUCUACACCGCCCUCUACUAUGAGCUCGUUGAGCCCUUCGGUUAUGCCGGGGCUGACAACUCAAAAUAUGAAUCAGGCCCUGAAUUUUGGUCCCAGCCGGGAGACUGUAACAUCCGUGGGUGGUGGUCACCAAUCCCACUCACCGGUGGCAACAAUCACCGAUGCCACACGGAGUGCCAUACUUAGCGCUCUCUCUCAGUGUACAGUCAUGAACAACAAUCGAAGAUAUUCUUUCACUUCCCCCAACUCACCUUUGUCCCCCCAAGUUCAACCCUGCUCAGAUAGUAUGGCCGACAUCGCUAAAAACCUGCCAAGCACCCAAGAUCUACAGCGAUAUGUCGGCAGCUAUCUUCAAUAUUGCCACCCGCAUUUACCAUUCCUACACAUUCCUACAUUGUCUUUUGAUAUGCCACCCGCUCCAAGUGGGCGAGCCGGUAUCACUGGUGGCAGUGGGUGUCUGAUUUUGUCCAUGGCCGCAAUUGGUGCGCUGUAUGAGCUCGAGCGACCUCAGUCUAGAGAAUUGUUCGAGAUGGCCAAGAAGAUGAUCCAGUUAUAUCUCGAGGAACGACGAAAGGCCGAUAUGCGCAAGGCUGAUUUCCGACGAACGCCUGCAUCUGAUCAGGGUACACACGGAUCUGACUCCUUCGUGCACACUCCAUUGUGGCUCGUCCAGGCCAUGUUACUCAACGUUGUAUAUGGCCAUAACUGCGGUGAUAAGAUCGCCAAUGACAUUGCCUCUACUCACUCUGCCGCGCUAGUAAGCUUAGCCCAGGCAGCUGGUCUGCUGCGACCCUUGCAACUGGAUUCUCCAGAACUUCGUGAAGUCCAAGCGAAUGAUGCAGAGGGGAACUGGAACAGCGGCGUAAAAUCCGAAACGGAAGAACAAGCAGAAUGGCUGCGAUGGAAGACUAUGGAGGAACGCAAGCGAACACUCUAUAUCAUCUUCAUACUAUCAAGUCUUUUAGUGACAGCCUACAAUCAUCCUCCCGCACUAACUAACUCAGAAAUCUUGCUUGAUCUGCCUUGCGAUGAAGAGUUCUUUGCUGCGGAGAGUGCGGCAGCAUUCCAACUUAAGGGCGGCGCUCGAGCUGCCAAUCAUAACCGGAUGACAUUCCAUGAAGCAUUGGGGGAAUUACUGCUCACUAACGAGAAACAGCAGAAACUCGCUUUCAGCAACAGCCAACCAUUUGGACCUACCGUCAACCUCCACGACAUAUCAAAGAGCGAGCUGAAACCAAGCACGCUCGGUUGCUUGGUCCUGAUCAAUGCAUUGCACAAUUACAUUUGGGAAACCCGACAGCGCCAUCAUAACAAGGUCUGGACGAAUGAAGAAACCGAUAAAAUGCACCGUCAUAUCGAGCCUGCCUUAAAGGCAUGGCAGUCUGCUUGGGCUAGUAAUCCACAUCAUAGCUUGGAAAGGCCAAAUCCUUUCGGCAUGGGCCCAUUGUCAGCUGAUGCUAUCCCUCUCCUUGAUCUAGCCUACGUUCGCCUCUUUGUAAAUAUGGCGCGGACGAAAGAAAAGUUCUGGCAGCGCGACUGGGAAGGUCUGGCUGAAGAGCUGUCACGUGGAGCAGAGAUCAUUCAACAUGCUGAACAUUCUCCCGCAUCCAACGCUGAGUCGAUAACCGAUCCAUCAGAUGCAUCAGCUACCAGCUCUGUUUUUGUUGACUCGCCACCUACUCAAUCCUCCUCGCCCGAGUUCUCUGCCGUUAAAUUCCCUUCUGCCUUGCCAACACAGCCACAAUCGCAAUCCCCAAGUUCUAGCCGGAUCGUCUCACGCCGAGAGAAGCACUUGCGCAAGGCUGCGUUUUACGCCGCCGAUUCACUUUCCAUGUCCGAUAAGCUAGGGGUAACAUUUGCAGAGUUCACUAGUCGAGAACUCCCUGUCCAAUCAGCCAUGUGUUCUUUUGACUGUGCUCAGGUUCUUGCCGAGUGGAUCUCAACUCUCCAAGACCGUGUGGGUAGAUACGUGGGUAUACUUGGGAAGGAUGACGUUGAUGUGACUGCAAUACCUGCUGUGAUGCUUCUAGAGGAGGAAGACAUAAAACUCAUUGUCAAAAUCCAAGAGCUACUGGCAAGUGCUGAGAUGAAGCUGGGUAUUGACUUGGUGAAUGGUACUGCAAACGGGGCGUUUGAUCCUCAGUUACAACUCGACGUAAUGGGCGGUUAUGCUGCCAAGAUUCUACGUGUUACGGCCUACAUGCUAGAUAAGUCGGCCGUAUGGCCAGUUCUCAAUCUCAUGGCACGCUGCCUCGAGACACAUGCGACGUUGGCGCGAAGCAGGGCCGAAAAGUCAGUCUUAGCUACUGAGUAGAGAAUGAGGGAACAAGCCUCUUGUAAUCCCCUGCUAAAUGAGCCCCGCCGCCGCCAUCAACAUCAAGUGCGUGCCGUAAUGGGAAUCGAGCAACCUGCUCUUUGGCUGCUACAAUAUGCUGCGCAGUGACUUCCGCGCAGUCGCCUGGGCAGUCGAUUGGCCGAAUAUCAACUUGCUCGGCUCC